AUGUCUCCGCUGAACAGAGACCUUAUUUUUUUGAUACUGCAAUUACUAGACGAAGAGAAAUUCAAACACACUCUUCACAAGCUGGAGCAGGAGUCCGGCUUCUAUUUCAACAUGAAGCACUUCGAGGAUCUUGUUCAGGCAGGGGAAUGGGAUGAAGUUGACAGAUAUCUAGGCGGUUUCACUACAGUCGAAGACAAUAGGCAUUCCAUGAAAAUCUUCUUCGAAAUCAGGAAACAGAAGUACCUCGAAGCACUUGAUAGACAUGACAGGACAAAAGCCGUUGAUAUUCUCAUGAAGGAUCUGAAAGUUUUUGAAACUUACAACCAGGAACUUUUCCAGGAGCUCACCAUGCUGCUUUCUCUGGAAAAUUUCAGGCAAAAUGAGCAACUUUCUCAGCAUGGCGAUACAAAGUCAGCGCGUACUACAAUGCUUAUGGAAGUCAAGGAACUCAUCAAAGCUAAUCCUUUGAUUCGCGACAAGUUAACAUUCCCAACUUUUAACGAUUCUCGCUUGCGAGCACUAAUCAACCAAAGUCUCAAUUGGCAGCACCACCUUUGCAAAAAUCCACAUCCCAACCCUGAAAUUAAAACACUGUUUACUGAUCAUUCAUGUGCUGCCCCUACAAAUGAAACACGGGCACCUCCUCCUGCCAAUGCUCAACUUGUUGGGAUUGAUCAUCAGAUUGCAAAUUCUGAACGUCCAAUGAAAAAAAUGAAAACUAGCCAAGUAGCUGAGGUCUAUGACAUUCCCAAGACAGUGGUACGAACUCUUAAUCAAGGUUCCAAUGUGAUGAGCUUGGAUUUUCACCCUAUCCAUACUACAAUUCUUCUAGUUGGAACAAAUGUUGGUGACAUUGGGGUCUGGGAAGUUGGAUCCGGAGAAAGGUUAACGCACAAGAAAUUCAAAGUGUGGGAUAUCACAACAUGUUCUUUGCCUUUUCAGGCAUCACUCACUAAUGAUGCUACUGUAUCUGUCAACAGAUGCUUGUGGAGUCCUGAAGGUUCUAUUCUUGGUGUUGCAUUUUCAAAGCAUCUAGUGCAGAUCUAUGCUUUUAAUCUAAAUGAAGAAUUACGACAACAUUUGGAGAUUGAUGCUCAUAUAGGCAGUGUUAAUGACAUUGCCUUUUCCUAUCCCAAGAAGACUCUCUCGAUCAUCACUUGCGGCGAUGACAAGGCAAUUAAAGUGUGGGAUGCUUCAACUGGACAGAAACAGUAUACAUUUGAAGGUCAUGAAGCCCCUGUUUAUUCUGUUUGUCCUCACUUCAACGGGUCUAUCCAUUUUUUCUUCUCAACUUCAACUGAUGAUAAAAUCAAAGCAUGGAGCUAUGACGGUUUGAGAUCUAGAGUUGCCUAUGAAGCUCCUGGCCACUGGUGCACAACAAUGGCAUAUAGUGCAGAUGGAACAAGGCUUUUUUCAUGUGGAACAAGUAAAGAUGGGGAUUCACAUUUAGUUGAGUGGAAUGAGACUGGAACUAUUAAGCAGACAUACAAUGGCUUUAGAAAACACUCAUUGGGAGUUGUUCAAUUCGACACAACUCGGAACCGCUUCUUGGUUGCAGGGGAUGAAUUCCAGAUUAAGUUUUGGGAUAUGGAUAACACUGAUAUACUGACUACUACUGAUGCAAAUGGAGGACUUCCUGCAUUUCCUCAACUGAGAUUCCAGAAAGAUGGUUCAUUACUUGCUGUUACGACUAGUGAUAAUGGAAUUAAAAUCCUGGCAAAUGCUGAUGGACAGCGGGUUUUAAGGAUGCUUGAGGUUUCACGUAGUGUUUCUAAACAAUCUAAUUCCAAUGCUGUUGUGGAUAGUACUAAAGCUGCUGAUGUCAAGCCAAGGAUUCCUGAAGAAACUGAAAGAAUCAGAAGCUGGAAGCUAACUGGGAUUGUGAAUGUUGGGCAUCUUAAAACUUUGCGGUUGCCCGAUUCAACAUCAGCAGUGAGCAAGGUUGUGAGAUUGAUAUACACCAAUUCUGGAUGCAGUUUAUUAGCACUUGGUUCCAAUGCAGUGCAUAAGCUCUGGCAGUGGCCGUGCGAUGAACGAAAUCCAUCGGGCAAGUCAACUGCAUCUGUUGCUCCUCAGCUCCGUCAGCCACCAAAUGGUAUUCUUAUGACCAAUGAAAGGAGUGAUAACAAUCCAGAAGAAGCAACUGCUUGUAUUGCUUUAUCUAAGAAUGACUCUUAUGCAACGUCUGCAUCAGGUGGAAAAGUUUCUCUGUUAAAUAUGAGGAAUUUUAAGGUUAUAACCACUUUUAUGCCAACCCCACCGGCAGCCACAUCUUUAGCAUUUCAUCCUGAAGAUAAUAACAUGAUUGCUGCUGGAAUGGAAGAUUCUAGUAUUUUGAUCUAUAAUAUUCAGAUUGAUGAGGUGAAAAUCAAACUCAAGGGCCACCAAAAAAAGAUAACCGGUCUUGCAUUUUCCCCUUCACUAAAUGUUCUCGUGUCUGCUGGAGCUGAUGCUCAGCUUUGUGUUUGGGGCAUAGAUAGUUGGGAGAAGAAAAACUCUCGCUUUAUCCAGGCGUUUACUGGAUGUACAUCUCCAUUAGUUGGGGACAUCCAAAUUCAAUUUCACAGUAAUCAGACACACCUGUUGGUUGUUCACGAAAGGCAAAUAGCUAUCUAUAAUAGUAAACUUGAUUCUUUGUGUUGGUGGUCUCCUAAGGAUACACUCUCAGCAUCAGUUUCAAGUGCAACAUUUUCUUGUGAUAGUUUAUUGGUGUAUGCUGCAUUUGUUGAUGGUGCUGUUGGAAUUUUUGAAGCAGACAGCUUGAGGCUCCAUUGUCAGAUAGCGCCCUCCGCCUAUAUAUCUAGUGGAUCUGCCUAUCCGAUUGUGAUUGCUGCCCACCCAUCGGAACCCAAUCAAAUAGCCCUGGGGAUGAGCAACGGUGCUAUUCAUGUGGUCGAGCCACUGGACGGCGACUCAAGAUGA